AUGUACCCAAUGCCAACAAUUGAAACAAGUAAAAAAUAUUCCCGAGAAAUGUUAGAAGGAAUGAGUGGAAAGUUUGGACGAAUGUUAAGAGAUAUGGAAGAAGAUGAAACAAGUUUUAGUGAAUAUUGGAAAAAGGCUAAAAGAAUUGAUGGAGAAGUUGAGAUAAAGAAGAAAGGAAAAAUUGAAGAAUUUGUAAAUGGAAUUCUUGAAAAAAUUAGAAAUAAAAUUGUUCAAAAAGAAAUGAUUAAAUACCUUAUAAAAACUCAUGAAGAAGAAAUGAAAGAAUAUAUGGAAAUUAUCAGUAAAUAUUGUAAAGAAGUGAAUUAUGGAAAUAUUAUGAGAAUUAUUAAAAUGUAUGAAGAUGAUAUUGAAAAAAAGGUAAAUGUAAUGAAAGAAGGAUAUUUGUAUAUUGAAAAAGAAGAAAAAAAUGAAGAAAUGAAAGAAGAAAUUAAAGGAUAUUUAAAAAUGAAAGAAUAUACUAUUAGUAAAGGAUGUAUGAAAUUGCUACAUUUAUUAUGGAAUGAUCAAGAAGAAGGAUAUUAUGAUAUGCUCUUUGAAGAAAAUAUAAAAAAUGUAUUAAAAAAGAAAGGUAAAAAAGCAAUGAAUGGAUUAUUAAUUGUAACAAAAAUUAUUAAAUAUAAAAAGGAAUAUAACAGAAAAAAGGAAAUCACUGAAAUUAAUGAACGAAUUAAAAGUGAAAUUAUUCCAGGAAUGAUUAUUGAAAAAGAACCUCCAGAACAUAUUAUAAUUGUUAUGAAGUAUAUUGUUAAAUAUCUUCAAAGUAAAGGUAAAAUUGUAGAAUCUGAUAAUGAAGAAAGUGAGGAAAAGGAGAUGAUGAAAUUCAUUAAAGAUUUUAUAAUUCAUAAAACAGAUAAUGACACAAUUGAAUUCAGAAAAAAUGAAGAAGAAGUUCGUGGAUAUUUGAUUGGUGUUGUUUUAAAACUUGUUGAAAUGAGAAAAUAUGAUAGUUUAAUUAACCAAAGAGAAUUUUAUUGCAUUUGUGAAGAAAUCUCAAAGAAAGAAACAUUUUGGGGAGAGUACUUAGAAAUUCUAAAUAAAUGUUUAAAACAACUUCCACUUAGAUAUUUCAUCAUUCCAACUAUUCUUUCUAAAAACAAUAAGGCUAUAAGAAUGAGCAAAAUUGUUUUAUUAAGAAGUAUUCUUAUCAGAAGAGAAAUAUAUAAAAAGAAUAUUAAAGACAUGACACAAGAAAAAACAUGUAUUGUCCUCCCAGAGUAUUGUGUCCAACAUCUUAUUCACUUUUUAGGAUAUGGAGAGAUGGUUGAAAAUGGGGAAUAUGAUGAAAUUAGUAGAAUGUUGAUGUUUAUGAUAGAAAGUUUGGUUGAAGGAAAUAAUGAAGGAAUUCCAAUUAUCCAAAAUGAAAUUAAUUUAAUUAAGUUAUCUAACGAUAAUUUAAACAACAAUUUAGGCAUCACUGAAAUUAACCAAGAAAGACUUAACGAAAAAAUCCAUGGAGUUGCUUUAAUAGGGGGAAUGGUUAUAGAUGAGGUGAGUAGAGGAAAAAAAUAUUCACCAAACCAAACCGUUGGGACAAUAUCAAAAAUGCUUUUUGAGUUAAGAGAAAAGAACGAAAGUAUAAACAGCAUUUUACCAUAUGGCUAUCACCUUCCUAAACGGGCAAAUGCCAUAAUGACUGUAGGUGAGAAAAAAAAGAAGAAAGAAAACCAAGACAUAGAAAAAGAAGUGAAACAAGUUAAAGAACAAAAGGAAAAAAAACCAAGAGCAAAAAACCAAAAAAAAGAAGUUAAAGAAAUAAAAACUGUUAAAGAGAAAUUUAUCAAGCAAGAACAAAAGAAAAUAAAUUAA